ACGGAAGUGCUGGUGACUCCCUCCACCGCGGAGGAGUUUGGAGGCCCCGUGCAGCUGACGUGGCGUGGCUCGUGGCUCACGCAGGACUUGCUGGGGAAACGGCGACCUGGGAAGUGAGCCCCGUGUGCAGAUUUAGCCUUCUUUCUCCCUCUGAAUCUCCAAGGACCUUACCCUGGAACUCAGAUUGAACUGAACCCUUGGCUUGUCAGCUGACCUUCUCAGUGGACCCCAGGCAGCCAUGGACGUGGGUCUCUCAGACCUCCCGGUUGUAUCUCAGAGUCGCAGCAAGACCCUGCGGGCCAGAGGUCCCGUUGUGCGGCGGCAGCGGGAGUUCAUGCCCGAAGAGAAGAAGGACACGGUUUACUGGGAGAAGCGGAGGAAGAACAACGAAGCGGCCAAGAGAUCCCGGGAGAAGCGGCGUCUCAAUGAUGUGGCGCUCGAGGGCAGGCUGGCCGCGCUGCUGGAGGAGAACGCUCUGCUCAGGGCUGAGCUGUGGACGCUCAGGCAUCGCUUUGGCCUUCUGCCCUCCGUUGCUGGCGCCCGGACCCUGCCCCUGCAGGCGCUGCUGUGGGAGCCCCCCUGGACUGGAGACCCUCGGCCAAGGGCCGAGUCACUCCCCUCCCUCCCUGGCUCCCAUGGCUGCCGUUUGAGGCCAUGCGCUCUGGACAUGGGGGUUCCAGGAUGCCGGGGCUGCCUGCUGGCUCACAAGUGGACUGGUCUGACCGCUUCCCCCAGGUGCCCCCAGGACCCUGCUCCCCCCACCGCCAAGAGAAUGGACAUGGCCUUGCAGGCUGCCCUCCCGGCUGCCUUCUUCAGCUGUCACCUCCUGGAUGGGCAUGGGGGGACCAGACCGGAGCUCAGGCCCUUCUGGGGGCUGUGGUCACCCAUGGCCUCUGGUUACCAGGCCUCUGGGCCCUCAGAUGUGUUGCUGACACCCACUGCUGAUCCCAUGGAGCUGCCCCCUGGGGCGGACUAUCCUGUCCCAGGGAACGAUCCUGAGGGUCUGCCUCAGCCCUCCCUGCCCCACAAACUGCGCAUCAAGUCCCAGGCCUUGGGCAGGGUACCUCCGGGGUGGGGGGAUGGCCGAGGCCCCCUCUGAGGGCUUCCCCUGGGCAGGGCCAGGCCCGCAAGGGGGUGUUGGGCCUGAGUGUUGGUGUGUCUGGGGAAGAUGAGUGGCUUGCCCCUGACUCAGCUCCCGGGCUGAGCAAGGGCCUUGGAGGGGGUCUGCUUCUCAGUGUCCAGGCCUCUGGGAGGAGGGGAGGGGGUUUCAUCUCAGAUCGUAUCCUGGUUCCCAUCCUGCCUAAAAUAUGUGUUUUGGGUAGUCCCUUUUCCCUCCCUCCCUCCUUUCCUUCCUUUCUUUCACCUUCUCUCCCUCCCUCCUCCCUCCCUGACUUUCAUCCAUCCAUCCCUGUUUCCUUCAUUUAUUCAUUUAAUCACUCAUUCAUGUGCUCAUCUGUUCGUUCGUUCAUUCAUUCAUUCAUUCAUUCAUUUAUUCAUUCCCUCACCCAUUUACUUUCACAAUUCACCUGCCUCCUCACCCACACACUCAUGAACUCUGGACCCUUCCUCUGUGGUCAGCUUAGUGACAAGUGUGAAGACACCCUCCUGGCUUUGGGGUUUCUAUUCUGCAGGUAGUGGUGGGGGUUUGGGAUAGACAUGCUGAGGGUCCUGCUGAAGGAGGAGGCAAUGUCUCAGGGUGUCUGAAUCCUUGUGUCUUGGGCUCUCCUAGGGGGCUUGCUUAGGAAGUCAGUCUCACCCAGUUCAGAUGGCUUUCUCUGUGUCUUGGGUCAGGGUCUUGAACCAAUGGAACAGGUCAACAGUAUUGGGGGUGGGGUGAGAGUCCAUUUCUUCUCUCUCUCUGGCUGCCCACAACCCCCGAGGGCCUCUCAGCCCCAGCACACACACUCCCAGGUGGACAGGAGAAGGGACCCCUGUUGGAAAGCUCUCCCAGGGACCCUGGAGCCCCAGAGCUCAUCAAAGACCCUCCUUCCCUGGUUUCUCACUCAGGCACCACUUUUUUAGAAAAAAAAAUCAGAGCUUUUAUUAGAUUCUGGAUAAAAAGCCCUCAAACUUUGAUUGUGGGGGGAACUGGUGAAGGGGAGCACUUCUCUGGGCUGAUGCAGUCUCUCAGGCCUGGCUGCCCCUGGCUGGCUGGGUCACUGGGCCUCAAGCACAGCCCCCAGCAGCCUCAGGGGCUGGGCUGUUCUUGGUCACCCUGGGUUUAUCGCAGUCACAAAUGUGUGCUGGCCAGGAGCACUGUUCCUCCUGGGCAGCCUGGGGAACCCACGCAUCACUGUCCGGCCCCUCUCUACCUGCUCACUCCUUGGUUCUGGUUCCAGGCUGGGACUGGGUAAGGUCAUCUCCUCCCCCGCCAAGUGCUUGGCCGUCCAGUGGGAACAGAGAAUGAGGGCCCAGCGAGGCCUCCCUUCCUGCUGGUCCCAACUGUAGCCAGGCGAGGCUUGGCCAUCACUGCCCCAGGCAGAGGCAGGUGGGAGAUAUCCAAUGCCUUUGGUUUUGGCUCAGAGACUCCUGUCUCCCAAGACUGUCCUGGGGAGGCAGGAAGGAGGGCUUCCUAGAGGAAGAGGCUCUGGCCUUUUCUCUCUAGCCAAUGCCCAUAGCUGGGAUGGCAGAGACUGAGGGUGCAGAGGGGCUGACCUCCAACACAAAGGUGCCUCACAGCUGUGGUUAACCCUGCACAAAGGCCUUUAACAAAGCUCUGGCUUUGACCAGCGGGGUAUUACAAAUGCUUAAGGGGAGAAGGAGAUUGGGGUGGCUGUGUAGCACCCCACUGCUGGGAGAUGUGGGUGGCUUGGUGCUUCCUCUUGACAGUGCCACCUGGUUGGUGUCUGGGGUGUCUGAGGUAUCUGGGACCAGCUCGCUCAUGUGCUGUGGACACAGGAGCAGGGGCUGGCCACCCUUGGGUCACUCAGGCCCCCUUUAACCUUCCAGCCCCAGUUGGAAAAGCCCAGAGAUGAAUCUGCCUAAAGCAAAUCAUAGACUUUCCACGUCAGAAGGAACCCCCAGAGUCUCCUGAUGGGUGCUCAUCCAGUCUACUUGAAUACCUCUGGGGAUGGAGAACUCACUUCCUCUAAAACUCGUCACCACUCCUCUAGAGUCAAAACCUGCUUCUUGCACACUUCCACUCUGAUCUUGUUCUUGCCAUGGGGGGCCGCUCAGAACCCCCUUCUGCUUCCCUCCCUCUUCUCAGAGGUAGCUGGCGUGGUAGAAGCCUCUGUUUCCUCCUCUCCAAAGGAGAGACCACCACACACCCCUCAGAUAGUUUGAGAAGGUUGAAUCUCAUUUAUUGUGUGCAUAGCACUUCAUGCACAGCAAGUGUUCAACAAAUGUUAACUCCCUCCUUUUUUUUCCUUUUUAAAAAGCUCUCACGUUCCAGCCCCAGAGUAGUGCUCUCUACAGGGGAAAUAUCCAAUCAUUCUUUAAAGUUCUUUCCUUUGCUCUGGUCUGGCUCUUUUUUGAUGACUCUUGGAACUGAAUAUGAAACAUUUCUUCAAUCAUCAAAUACAUAUUUUAUCAACGAAUGUAUUUUUCAGCUCCUACUAUGUGUCACAGAAACUGGAUGAGAGAAAUGGUGCUCCAGACUGAAGAGUUUGCAAGGGGAAACUUGCAUAAACAUCUAGAACGUUCACCCAAGUCAUGUUGAUUACUCUCCUGUGCUAGGCUCUGGGACCACAGGUGUGACCUCUACCCUCCGAGAGGCAGUGGGCAGCUGGCAACCUUCCAUGUGCCUUCCAGGGAGCUGCUGCUAUAAGAACUUUAGUGCCACAUCUCACCCUGGGGCGCCCAAGAGCCCCUCAGUUUAGUCUGUCACACUCUUGGUUGACUUGGGGACCAAAUUUUAGGAGAUUGUACAACCACGUUAUGUUUCCUCUUUCACCCAUCGUUGAAGGCUACAGAGAUCUUUUUGGCAAUGAAUGCAUGAAAUUCCCUUCCUGCUUCGGGAAUGUCUGACCCAUGUAGAGUGUGUGCAGUAUACAUGGAGUGCAAGUUUGCCCACAUGGUUGGUGAUUGCUGGGGGCAGAGAUCAAAGGAGUUGAAGAUGCUGAUGAGGACACGUUUCUCUGUCUUGUCUAUCAAGGAUUCACAGACACAUCAUGGCUGACCUCUGUGUUACCUGGAUCCUUUCUACUCUAAUCAUGGUCCACGGACCAGCAGCCCAGCAUCACCGGGGAGCCCGCUGGAAACGCAGACUCUCAGUCUCCUCCCAGAACAGCCGAACCAGAACCUGAAUUUUAAUGCAAUCCCCAGGAGACCCACAUGCAUGGUUAAAGUUUGAGAAGCAUCGAUCCAGAGCAGAGGUUGGCAAAUUUUCCUGUAUGAGACCAGAGAGUAAAUACUUUUGGCUUUGUGGGUCAGACGGCCACUGUUGUGUCUACUCUGCUCUUGUCUUUGUAGCAUGAAAACAGCCAUAGACAAUAUGUAAACGAGUGGGUGUAGCUGUAUUCUAAUAAAACUUUAUUUCCCAAAACAAGUGUGGCCAGAUGUGGCCUGUUGGCCAUACUUUGCUGAUGGUGUAUCCCCAGGAGUAGAACUGUGGGUCCUACAGGAGCUUGUCUUCAGAGUGAUAUUGCCAAAAUGCUCUGCAGAGUGGCAUUGCCAGUUUGCAAUCCCUUGCAUGUAAAGGAAGUUUGUGUUCUGCCAACACUUGUUUUGAUGGGCAAUUCGAUUUUUGCCUAUUUGGAGGGUGUAAAAUGGUUUAACCUGUGUUCCUCUGUUGAACAUCUUUGCUAAAAUCUUUUGGCCACUUGGAUUUCCUCCUUUAUGAAUUGCCUGUUCUGUCAGAAUAUUUACCGUUUCUUAUUGAUUUCUCAGAGCUUUUCAUAUAUUUCAGAUCACAUAUGGACAUCACAGACUUUUCACCUGACUUGUCUUUUCCUUUUCUUCCUGGUGUGUUUUAUUUCAACAAAAGUUGGAAAAUGGGAUAUAUCCAAAUUUAUCAAUCUUUUUAAAUGGUUUGUACAUUGUUUUGUCUUGUUGAAGAGUCCUUCCAUGUCUCAAGGUCAUAAGCAUAGUUUCUUAAAUGUUCCUAUAAAUGUUUUCAAGUUUUGCUUUUCACACUUAAAUAUUUAGAUCAGCCUCU